AUGGCACUAAACGCCUACCUAAACAAGCGCGUAUCAGUUCUCACCCUCGAUGGCCGCACGAUGGUCGGCCUCCUCCACUCCUGCGACGGCAGCAUGAACCUCGUCCUCCAAGAAGCCGUUGAGCGUAUUAUCCGACCUAUAGAAGAUGAAGAGCCCAGCGAGGAAGUACCUCUCGGGCUAUACAUUAUCCGAGGUGACAGUUCAUGGCGAGGUGCUAGGGGGAACGAGACAUACCUGAAGAACGAAAAAAAACUAUGGAACGCAUAUCAGGAGUUGGAUCUGGAAGUUGGGCGAAGAGGGUCUGCACGCGGCUGCAUGGGGGGGACGGAAUAUGUGCCCAGCAUACUGCAUUGGAGCAACACCACAAAUGAGCGAUAUUGGAAGUGGAUGCAUUCAGAUCACAAGCCGAGACAGACGAUACUGAAUGGGGGAAGGAUAUACAUGCAUAUAUGGAGGACACGAUACCCACGAAAGCGCAAAGACACGCUGAACUAUGAAAUGCUCUUAAUAUACAAACAUCGACGCUCAGAAGCGAUAGGCUGUAGCACAUCCAUGCUAUCCGACAAUGACCUACUGAACCUGAUUUGA